CUUUCCUCGCCGCAGCAUUAUUUCUCUGCUUGUGUGCGAAGGCCGUCAGUCAACCCAGAGUUCUGAUAGGAAUCUACCAUCUUCCUUGAUCCGUCUGCAGCACCAUGGCGGCAGUCAAUGGAACUCCGUCCCCUUUCGUGACAUUGGUGUCUUCCGAUGGCUUCGAAUUCCAUGUGCGGCGUUCAGCAGCUUGCGUAUCUGCCACCAUACGCCGCAUGCUGGACAUGCAGAACAACUUCAGCGAAGCCCAGACCGGCAUUUGUCACCUCGAAAACAUCAACGGUAUCGUCCUAGAAAAGGUGGUUGAAUAUUUCUACUACAACGAGAAACACCGAAACAGCGAAGGCGUGCCUGAUAUGGACAUUCCGUCUGAGCUUUGCCUGGAACUGCUCAUGGCGGCUGAUUACUUGAUUACCUGAGCUGCUAUGACACGUCAAGAAAGAUUGAAUUUCAAGAUCGGGCUCAGUGUCAGUGAGCUCGUAUAGUCGGGAGAAGAGUUUUUUCAACCCCGGGACAAGGUCGACCAAAGCUCCGAGAAAGGUCGAGCACACUCAAACCAUCACAUGCUUCGGACA